UCCAUCUCUCUGGAGGCUGGGGUCCCCGCAAUCUACUUUUCAUUAAAGUAUCUUGCUCUUCAAUAUGUCUCCCAUGCGACUCGACCCUCCACCUUACGACAUGGGACCUAUCAAAAGCAUUCCCAUAUGUUCUGACCCUUCUGUUGUUGUUUCCUCCAAUGCAUCCAGCAGAACAAAAGAACUCUGGUGGCUUCAUGGGCACCCCCAUUCAAAACGAUACUCCGACCCAAAGCUUGUCAGCCUCGCCGCUCUAGUACGGCAUGACGGAGUGGUAUACAAGGGGGAGAAGGGGUUUCUGUACCCCUUGUCAACAGACCCCUUAACUUCAUACGGCACGAUGACAUGGGAUCACUUCGAUCAAGUGACAGAAACACUUGCCCUUGCAUAUGCUCACCAGCUCCAGAACGAGCUCAGUGAAGCAAAUGUCAACCGCAAACAGCCCACCGUCGCAUUACUUGGUCAAGGGAGCACAUUGGAAUAUUUUUGUACCCAGCUUGCUCUCCAAAAGCUUGGUACCAGGGUGCUUCUGCUUGCCGAGUCGAAUGCAGAGACUGCUUUGCACUCUCUACUGGAAACCUGUGGUAUAUUGGCUGUCAUAACAGAUUCUAAGAAUCGCACGACCAAUACAAACGGUGUCCGGAAGCUGGCCAUGGUUGAAGAAUUGCCGAAAGUGUUGGAACCCAAGUAUGAUAAAGUCGACGCCGUUAAAUACCAAGACUUCGGAGACGUUUGGGAAAGGCAUAGCUUCAUCAUUCAUUCAUCUGGCUCAACUGGCAUGCCAAAACCCAUUUACCAUACGAACAGGAGUAUGAUGCAGAUUGCAAGAAUGUACCGACUAUUUCAAACUUUCGAUGUUGGGAACUGGUUUCUCUUAUUUCCAUUAUAUCACAUUGCUGGCAUAUCCAUAGCGCUUUCGAAUUUACCAAAUGGCCAAACUUUGUCCUUCCCGCCACUUUCUUGGCCUCCGUCGUCGUCGGCUCUCUUUGCAGCGUGGGCGACCCUUAAGUCCAUGGGACAUUCAGUUGACUGCGUCCACUGCGCUCCCACUCUCAUCGAGAAUAUGUACGAGCAUAUUGUAUACACAGGUGGAGAUUUUAGUCCUUUGGUGGAUUUAAAAAUACUUCAACCCGGCGGAGCAGCACUCUCAGCCAACCUCGUUAGAACCCUAAUCUCCAAAGGGAUCAACGUCAAAACGACCUAUGGCAGUACUGAGAUCGGUCCUGCCUUUCGCACAAUACCUGACACGCGAGAAAGUCCCAAUUGCUACACAUUUCGAAAUCUUUAUCCCGACAGUCCCUUUCUGAAAAUGGAAGAAGUCGGGGACGGGGUAUUUGAGUUGGCUGUGUAUAAGGGCUUCGAGCUGGCGGCUAAUCUUUGGGAUGGAAAGGACGAUACUGCUCCGUAUAAGACAGGAGACUUGUUUAUUCAAGAACCCCCUGGAAGUGGCUUCUUCACCCUUCAAGGAAGGAGAGAUGAUCUUAUCAUCCACACCAACGGAGAGAAUACCAAUGCUCUACCACUUCAAAUCGACAUUCAAAGCUCCACGAAAGUCAUCAACAAGGCUAUCGCUUUGGGACACUCGAAACCUUGUGUUUGUCUCUUAGUCGAAGUCCACGAGGACUAUGACCCAGCCAGCAACUUAACGCGGAACCAGAUCUGGGAAGCGGUCCAGCAAGUCAACGAAUACUACUCGGUACAUUCGCAAAUCCUGCAAUCUAUGAUAUACAUCCUUCCCGAAGGCGACAAACUCCCAGUAACACCUAAGGGAAAUGUCAAGCGAAAAGAAACAGAACGCAUCUACGGUUCCGAAAUCGAGAUGCUCUAUUCGGGCCAUGAUUUCCCUAACUCUAUGCCAGAAUCCCAGGAGCCUCUUUCUGAAUACCUCCGCAACCUCCUGUCCAAACUCGUCAAUGUUCCUGCUGACCGCAUAACUGAUUGGACAACCCUCUCUUCCCUCGGUAUCACCUCGCACCUAGCCUUGUCCCUCCGCUACUCCAUCUCUUCUCACCUGAAUCGACAAGUCUCUCUCGGAACGCUGUUCGAGAACCCCUCUAUCUCAAAACUUGUCGCUGUUUUGACACCACCACAAACUCCAACCUCGUCUGUUCACUCCCUCGACACCCAACCUGCUUCGACAGAAAUUGUCCACCGCAUCAUCGACCAACUCUCAACCGAGUUCACGUUCUGGCCAAAAAGGGCUGUUGCACAGUCGGGUAAAUCAGAAAAAGAGACAGUUCUUCUGACAGGUGCAUCCGGAUCCCUUGGCACUUCCCUCCUCGCCACUCUCGCCGCCUCACCCGGGAUCUCAAAGAUAUACGCCAUGGUUCGGGGUCCAAACAAUGUUGAGAAACUCCGGACAUCUUUCGAAGAACGAGGGCUGAACCCUUCAAUUCUGCAGGGAGGCAAGAUCGAGGUUUUGAACUUCAGCAUGCAGGAUCCUCUUCUCGGUCUGGAUAUCCACAACUACCAUAUGCUCGCAAUGACUGUCACGACAGUGGUGCAUAAUGCAUGGAAGAUGGACUUUAACCGAAGCAUUGAGGAGUUCGAGGGUGACUGUCUACGAAGCACCAUGUCUCUGAUUCGCCUUGCUCACGCCGGCCGCCCAAAGACGUUUGCCUUCACAAGCAGCGUAAGCACCUGCCUGGGAAUCGGCCACACGUCUUCCUCUGUCCCAGAGACACCCAUUGGAGACGACCCAUCCGUGUCUCUCACCACCGGCUAUGCCUUGAGUAAAUAUAUCGUGGAGAGAGUCACCCAACAAGCUACCGAGAUUCUCGGGAUGGACAUCAAGCUCCUCCGCAUCGGCCAAGUCUGCGGCUCAACCCGGACUGGAAAUUGGAACACCUCGGAAAUGUGGCCCAUCAUGUUCGCUACCUCCGCCCACCCAGAAAUCAAUGCCCUUCCGCUUUUCCCAGGGAAAAUGGUAGACUGGGUUCCCGUUGACGUUGCGGCUUCGACUAUCACGGACAUCUUACUCCACCCAGCGAACGGGUACUCGGUACACAAUAUCGUCAAUCCCUACCCAGUAAAGUGGGAAGAGCUCGUUGACAUAUUGCAAUCUAGCUCUCUUACAAGCAAAGAGAAAGCGAAAAUAAAAAUGGAAGAAGUCGACAUAAAAGAGUGGGUGCAUCGUCUCAAGACUCUCUCUAACUCCCCGAACGCCAAUCCAAUGACAGUCCCGGGGCUCAAACUCCUACAUUUCUUUGAGAAAAUGUGUAAUGAAGUGGAAGAACAUGUCUUCAGCAAAGUGUUCGAGACGGAGAAGACGAGAAGUGUGGCCGGGGCGCUGAGGACGUGUCCUACGUUGAAGGGGGAGUGGAUUGAGAUGAAUGUACAGAGGUGGAGGGAGGCCGGUUUUGUUGUUUAGUCGUCAAGAGGAACGGGUGGUGUGUUUGAUGGGGAUGGAGAGGAGGGUUUGAGUUCUGUUGGCGGGCUAGAUUGAUUUUCGCAGUGGAGGCCAAUAUCUGACGUGAGGUGGCUCUUGGUCGAGAUUGAGAUUGAGAUUAACUUGCCCCAGUAUUUGAUAAUGAAUGAAUG